AAUCAGAUGUGUAAUAGUAGUAGCUACAAUAGAUCUCAAAAUUUAGGGUGGUAAAGCCUUUGUGCUGUUGGUUACUAGCAUUUUGAGCCUGUGCCAUUUGACAAUGAAAGCCUUUUAAAUUUGUGUAACAUUAUAUAAAUUGCUAUAAAAUUAUUGCUUCAUUCAAAACAAAGAAUUGGUAUUUCUUAUACACUGAAAGAGGUACUUUCUAUUGUGUAUAACAGCAAGCAAUUAAUAUGGAUUUCUUGAGUUGCUUACUGUACUUUGUUUUCUACUUGAUCUUGUUUCAAGCUUUCCAUUUUAUCACAAGAAGGAAACUGGGAAGAACCCACAAGCUUCCGCCCGGUCCACCAACAAUUCCAAUCUUCGGGAACCUCUUUCAGCUUGGUGAUGAACCCCAUAGGGCCCUUGCCAAACUUGCCAACAUUCAUGGGGACAUCAUGACUUUGAAACUUGGCCAAACAACUACGCUAGUUCUUUCGUCUGCAGCCAUGGCCAAAGAAAUCCUCCUAACGUACGAUGCCAUAUCUUGUAACCGAACCGUUCCAGGUGCCCUUCGUGCCCUUCAACACAACGAAACCGGAUUGCCUUGGAUGUCUGUUUCAACCACAUGGAGAAAUCUUAGGAAAAUCUGUAAUUUGCACAUUUUCGCUAGUCACAAACUUGACGCUAACCAACACUUGCGGCGUAGCAAAAUAGAGCAACUCCUUGCUGAUGUUCGUGAUAGUUCCCGCGUAGGGGAAGCGAUCGAGAUAUCCACAGUUGUUUUCAAAACUACACUUAAUCUUUUGUCCAAUACUAUUUUCUCUAUCGAUUUAGCUGACUCUUCAGAUAGUGCUCUGGAAUACCAAAAAAUUGUGCGAGGUGUCAGGGAAGAGUUAGGAAAACUCAAUUUUGGUGAUUAUUUCCCUACUCUUCUUGAUAAUCUUGACUUGCAAGGUAUAAGGAGGCGGAUGUCGAUUCAUUUUGAGAAGUUGAUGAAUAUUUUCGACAAACUAAUCGAUGAGCGGUUGGAAUUGAAAAAGAUGGAUGAUUAUAUAUCAACUAAUGAUUUAUUGGAUACUCUUCUCCAACUCAGUAAACAAGAUAGCAACGAAGAGCUCGACAGAAAUUUGAUAAAGCAUUUGAUUCUGGAUUUGUUGAUAGCGGGGACGAAUAGUACUUCCAGUACUUUGGAGUGGGCAAUGGCAGAAUUAUUCCAUAACCCAAAACCUUUACGGGUAGCUCGAAGAGAACUGCAACAAGUAAUUGGCGAAGGGAACCCAGUGGAGGAAUCCCACGUUACUUGUUUACCUUAUUUGCAAGCAAUUGUUAAGGAAACGAUGAGAUUGCAUCCUCCAAUUCCCUUGUUACUUCCUCGAAAAGCUGAAGAAGAUAUUGAGAUUCAUAAUUUCGUGGUUCCAAAGGGUGCACGAGUGUUGAUCAACGCAUGGGCUAUAGGUAGAGAUCCUAAUUUUUGGGAGGAACCUGACUUGUUUCUUCCUGAGAGGUUCAUAAGAUCAACAAUUGAUGUUAAAGGAAGGGACUUUGGACUCAUUCCAUUUGGGAGUGGUAGACGAAUUUGCCCUGGAUUGCCACUAGCCAUGAGAAUGUUGCACUUAACGUUGGGUACACUUAUUUAUUCAUUCGACUGGGAACUUGAAGAUGGAGUUACACUUAAAAGUUUAAGCAUGGUUGAUACAUGUAAUCUUGUUCUACAGAAAGCUCAACGAUUAAGACUUAUCUCACGUUCAAUUUAAUAAUAUUGUAUUAAAUUGAAGAGAAAUAAUUGGAACUUAUAAAAUAAGCUUUAAAAUAGCAAUAAUUCCAAAAAUUCUGUUGUUUACAUUUUCGUCGGAGCCAAUGACAUAUAGAUUAUUUUCGUGUAAUUUUAUGUAAGUAAUUCAAAUUAUAUUUGCUUGA